UUAAAUAAAUCAUUUUCCUCCUUCUACAUUUCCUUUACAUAGAACCAUCAGAGACUUCAUUAUUCGAAAAACAAAAGAAAGAAAGAAAAAAUGGGUCGGCAAUUUGUUAUCGUUGCGAUCUGCAUCGUCCUCGUCGCCGGCGUCGGAGGUCAAGCUCCGUCUACACCACCAACAGCUACACCAGCACCACCGACUCCAACCACUCCCCCACCAGCAGCGACUCCUCCUCCUGUCUCAGCUCCUCCACCAGUCACCACUUCACCUCCUCCAGCCACCACCGCUCCUCCUCCGGCUACUCCUCCUCCUGUUGCUUCUCCACCUCCAGCAACUCCUCCUCCCGUCGCUACUCCUCCCCCCGUCGCUACUCCUCCUCCAGCUCUUCUUGCAUCUCCUCCCGCUCAGGUUCCGGCUCUUGCUCCGACUACGAAGCCAGACACUCCUUCUUUAUCUCCGUUGUCUAGCCCACCUUCUCCGGCGACUGAUGCUCCGGGACCGAGCACCGAGUCGCUCUCUCCAGGACCUUCCACUGAUUCAAAUGACCAGAAUGGUGCAACCAAGACGGUUUCGAGCUUGGUACUUGGAUCUGUUCUCGUUUGGUUUAUGAUCUAAGGGGGAAGGCUUUUCCACGGUGUUCUUUACAAUUAAUUUUUAUGACGGACGUUUGUUUCUUCCAUUGUUAUUACUUUGGGGACUAAAUUCUUUUGGGAUUA